AUGGGUUUGGGAAAAACUAUACAGACAAUUGCUUUCCUAUAUUCACUCUACAAAGAAGGUCAUUGUCGUGGUCCGUUCCUUGUUGCAGCACCUCUAUCAACUAUCAUCAAUUGGGAACGUGAAUUUGAAUUCUGGGCUCCAGAUCUUUAUGUAGUCUCUUACAUUGGUGAUAAAGAUUCACGAACAGUUAUAAGAGAACAUGAAUUCUCUUUUGAUGAAGGUGCUGUUCGUGGUGGUGCGAAAGCGAUGCGAAUGAGAACUGGUACUUCAGUUAGGUUUCAUGUACUGUUGACAAGCUAUGAGUUAAUUAGUAUCGACCAAGCUUUGCUGGGGUCUAUAGACUGGGAAGUUCUUGUUGUAGAUGAAGCUCAUCGUUUAAAAAAUAACCAGUCAAAGUUUUUCCGUAUCCUAACAACUUAUAAAAUCGCAUACAAAUUACUGCUAACAGGAACUCCUCUUCAAAAUAACUUGGAAGAACUUUUCCACUUACUUCAUUUUAUGACACCUGAGAAAUUCAAUGAUAUGCAGGGUUUUCUGGAUGAAUUUGCUGAUAUAUCAAAAGAAGAACAAGUAAAGAAGCUUCAUGAUAUGCUUGGUCAACACUUGCUAAGGCGUCUUAAGGCUGACGUGUUACAAAAUAUGCCAUCGAAAGGUGAAUUCAUCGUCAGAGUAGAACUCAGCCCUAUGCAAAAGCGUUACUACAAGUUUAUACUUACUCGUAACUUUGAGGCAUUAAGCUGUCGCAGUGGAGGCUCACAAGUUUCUCUGAUCAAUAUUAUGAUGGACCUUAAAAAGUGUUGCAAUCAUCCAUUCCUUUUCCCGUCUGCUGCAGAAGAGGCACAACGUAUGCCCAAUGGUGCUUAUGAGGGUGUCGGGCUUCGGAAAGGUUCUGGCAAAUUGGAACUGAUGACCAAAAUGUUACGCAAACUGUAUGAGACAAAACAUCGAGUAUUGAUUUUCUCUCAAAUGACGAAGAUGCUUGAUCUCUUAGAAGACUUUUUAGAUUCUGAAGGUUAUAAGUUUGAAAGAAUUGAUGGUGCCGUUACUGGACAGCUUCGUCAGGAUGCUAUAGAUCGUUUCAAUGCUCCAGAUUCACCCUCAUUCGCAUUUUUAUUAUCCACUAGGGCUGGUGGUUUAGGCAUAAACUUAGCUUCUGCAGACACAGUCAUCAUAUAUGAUUCAGAUUGGAAUCCACAUAACGAUAUCCAAGCAUUUUCCCGCGCCCAUCGUAUAGGUCAGUCUAAUAAGGUCAUGAUUUAUCGAUUCGUCACUCGUGGGACAGUUGAAGAGCGUGUCACACAAGUAGCAAAGAAAAAAAUGAUGUUAACUCAUUUGGUUGUUCGUCCUGGAUUAGGUGGUAAAGGAUCAUGUCAAAUGUCCAAAAAGGAGCUUGAUGAUAUUCUUAAGUUUGGAACGGAGGAUUUAUUCAAAGAAGGCGAAGAGAACAUGGAGGAUGAACACACUAUCGUGUAUGAUGAUGCUGCUAUUGAACGCUUGUUGGACCGUAGUCAACAGGGUUUAGAAGAGAAGGCUUUGGAAAUGAACGAUUACCUGACAUCAUUUAAAGUGGCUCAUUAUGAAAAGAAAGGGGUUAUUGAGGAAGACGAAGAGGAAUCAGAAGAUGACGAUGAAAAUCGUGAAGUGAUCAAACAAGAACUUGAUCCGGCGGAUCCGACUUAUUGGGAGAAGUUAUUGCGUCAUCACUUUGAACAGGCACAAGAGGAUCAGGCUCGAGCUCUUGGCAAAGGUAAACGAGUUCGGAAACAAGUAAACUAUUCAACAACACAAGAAGAAGAGGAGGAAUGGAAUCAGACCAUGACCGAUAAUGACAGUGACUUUUCCAACAAGGAUGAAGAUGACGACGAAUAUGAUGAGCGUACAGGUGCAGCGGGUGGUGAUGUUCCUGUUAUGAGCCGUCGCACUCGACGUGAGCGUGAGGGGAAAAUGCCUCCACUUUUAUCGCGUGUUAACGGUCAGAUAGAAGUCCUUGGCUUUAAUGCUCGCCAGCGUCGUUCAUUUCUCAAUGCUAUCAUGCGGUAUGGACUGCCUCCAAGUGAUCAACCGUGGAUGGUUAGAGAUUUGCGAUGUAAAACUGAUCGUGUGUUUCGAGCCUACAUUUCCUUGUUUAUGCGUCAUCUUUGUGAACCAGAAACGGAUAAUUCCGAAAAUUUCAGUGAUGGUGUACCUCGUGAAGGUUUAUCCACUCAACAUGUUCUCAGUCGUAUUGGAAUAAUGGCACUUGUCCGAAAGAAGGUUCAAGAAUUCGAGAAGAUUAAUGGUCAUUGGAGCAUGCCAGAUUUAGCACCGAAACCUGUAAAUAACGAUCUGGAACUGCCGAAAACGGAAGAUCCCAUUGAAGUGUCUACUAAAAUUGAAGAUACGGAAAGUUGCUGUGUAACUACAGAAUUGAACGAUAAACAGUCAGUGCUCAGUGAUAGUGUUCUGCUUGGAAAAGAGAAAGCUCUUAACGCAAAAAUAAGCAACGCAGGAGAUGAAUCGUGCUUGGCAGAUGAUGCCUCCAAGGCAAGCGAUAAAACUGAUCCUAUGGAGAUCGAUGAAGUACGCGUAGCUGUUGGACAAAAUAAGGUGACAGAUGAUACGUCUACAAAUCCUAAGUCGGAGACGAACGUUGAUUUUACGAAUAUUCCAAAAGAUUGCAUAGAUGAAAAGGAGAGUGGUGAUGGGGAAAGCUUACAGAACAGCGAUGCUGGCGCUAAAGUCAGCCACCGUUUCAUGUUCAAUAUUGCGGAUGGGGGUUUUACCGAACUCCAUACUAUAUGGUUAAAUGAGCAGCGCGCUUUGGUAAAAGACCGAGAAGCAGAAAUUUGGCAUCGUCGACAUGAUUAUUGGCUUUUAGCUGGAGUAGUACAGCAUGGGUAUGGUAGGUGGCAGGAUAUACAUAAUGAUCCUCAUUUCGCUAUUGUGAAUGAACCAUUUAAAAAUGAAGCUCAGAAAGCGAAUUACUUAGAAAUUAAGAACCGCUUUUUGGCUCGUCGGUUCAAGCUGUUAGAACAAGCUCUGAUAAUUGAGGAGCAACUUCGUCGAGCAGCCCUACUGAAUAUUGCAGCAGACCAGUCUGAACACAUACAGAGUCUAAACAGACGAUUUACUGAGCUUGAGUGUUUGGCCACAGGACAGCUUCACUUGUUCAAUGAUGCCCUAGCUGGCAACAAGGCCUUAGUUCCAUUAUUACACAAAGUUUUGACCCUUAUGGAGGACAUCCUGGUCGAUAUGAAACAAGAUGUCGCACGACUUGUUAACUUACUGCCCCGACUGCCUCCGGUCACUCAACGUCUACAACUCAGUCAUACAGGUCUUCUAGGGAAGCUAACACAACAGCUCACUGCCAAUAAAAAUGUCCAACCGACAUCAGGUCAAAAGCAAAAUGAAGUUAAGGAUGAAGGUGUGAAUGUCGUGACACCUACUACAGAAAGCCAACAGCCUUCUUAGUAUUACGAUAAAGCUGUCCGUAAAAAACUUGUAUAUUCUUU